CACGUUUUUCAAAAGGGAGAAUAUUGGGUGUGUGGUGGGGAGCAAUCUCAGGAGCGGUGAGUGGGCCACCGGGAAUGCAGACGCACCCACCUCAACGACGGCAACGACGACAAACGAUGGCGAGGGGCGGUGGGAGCGUGGUUGGAGGAGGCGGGGGAGGAAUGACGGUGAAGGUGCUGGUGCUGAUGCUGGUGGUUGUGAUUGGAAUCAACUUCUAUUUACUGCACUCGUGCCAGCAGCACUCCAACUCCAUUUUGCCGCCAUGGUCAGACCAGCAGCAGCAACAGCAGCAACAACAUCUGCACGAUGGCAGAUCGGCAGGCGGUGAUGGCGUUGCUGGUGACCACGAAGACCGGCGUCUGUUGGACUCAGUGCAGAACCUGGAACGACAACUCCACAAUGCUGAGCACAUGAUCGAUGAGCUGCAGAAAAAGGCUGCCCGAGUGCAGGGAUCCGCUGGAUCUGAUGAAGGAAACCACAACAUGCAGCAGCAGCACCAACAGCAGCACCAACAGCAGCAGCAGCAGCAGCAGCCAGCUCAGCAACAGCACCAGCAGCACCAACAGGCAGGUGAUAGGGACUCGAUUGGGAGCUGGAAGCAGCAGGACGCCCAGCAAGGAGGUGACGCCGCACAGCCAUGCAACCUUCCCACCCGCGCCCGAAAACCCUCCGAUGUCGAGGUUGAGGUGAUGUAUGACACCAACCCCUUUGUUGACCCAAAGGGUGGCGCAUGGACACAAGGCUGGGAGGUGAAGUACGAUGCAAACAGCUGGAUCUCAGAGCCGCUCAACGUGUUUAUUAUUCCCCACUCGCACAACGACCCAGGCUGGAUCAUGACUUUGGACGAGUACUACCGCAAGCAGACGUCGCAGAUCCUCACACUCAUGACCCAAACACUCUCCCAGGAACCGACGGUGAAGUUUGUGUGGGCGGAGAUCAGCUACCUGAGCAUGUGGUGGAAGGACCAGUCCUCCAACGUGCGUGAAACAUUCAAGCGCAUGGUCCACAGCGGCCAGAUUGAGAUUGUGACGGGUGGAUGGGUUAUGCCCGACGAAGCAAACUCGCACUACUUUGCACUCGUCGACCAGCUCAUCGAGGGACACAAGUGGGUUGAGGAGAACUUGGGGGUCCGACCCGAGAGCGGGUGGUCCAUUGAUCCGUUUGGCCACAGCCCAACCAUGGCGUACAUCCUCAAACGCGCAGACUUCAAGGGCAUGCUGAUCCAGCGCAUCCACUAUGAAGUGAAGCGAAUGCUCGCGGAGAAGAAGCAGCUGGAGUUCAUGUGGCGCCAGGACUUUGAUGUUGGCAAGGACACGUCGAUGUACACGCACAUGAUGCCGUUCUACAGCUAUGACGUUCCCCACACGUGCGGCCCAGAGCCCGCGAUCUGCUGCCAGUUUGACUUUGCCCGCAUGCGCGGUGGCCGCUACUCGUGCCCCUGGCGCAAACCCCCACUCGAAAUCACCCCGGACAAUGUGGCCGAGCGGGCGGCGCUGCUGCUUGAUCAAUACAGGAAGAAAGCACAGCUCUACGCCACAAACAACGUGCUGAUUCCGCUUGGCGAUGACUUCCGUUACGACAACCAGCAGGAGAUUGACGCGCAGAUCCGCAACUACAAGCGCCUCAUCUCAUACAUGAACGCGCACCCUGAGCUGCACGUGAACAUCAAGUUUGCAACACUGGGAGAGUACUUUGAUGCCGUGCGCAAAGCGACAAACGCGCACACGGAAACGCCGUCGCUGCCCACGCUCAGUGGCGACUUCUUCUCAUAUGCGGACAGGAACGACAACUACUGGACAGGGUACUUCACGUCUCGCCCCUUCUACAAGCACCUGGACCGUGUGCUUGAAUCAAAACUGCGCGCAGCGGAAAUCCUCUUCUCCAUCGCACAGGCCGGGCAGAUUGCGCAUCCGUUGACAAAGUCGGAGGCGGAGCUGUAUGACUCGCUUGUGGACGCGCGGCGGGCCCUCGGCCUCUUCCAACACCACGACGGCAUCACGGGCACUGCAAAGGACCACGUUGUUGUUGAUUACGGCAACAGGAUGCGAGCGGCACUGGAGUCCGCUGAUCGCGCCAUGGCGAUGAUUGCUGGUGGUCUCCUUACUCGCGACAACGCCAACGGUGACCAUGUGGUGCCUGCGAGCAUUCGCCGCACCCACGAUGCGCUUCCGGAAGACCAACUGCUCGAAGUCAGCGCAGAGCCACGGAAAGUGGUGGUGUACAACAGCAAAGGCCACGUGCGCCGCGACGCGGUGUAUGUCAUCACCAACAACGCCAACGUGCAGGUGAUCAACCCUGAUGGCGACACAAUUGUGAGCCAGGCUGCGCUCAUCUGGGACGACGGGCCCGGACCAAAUGUCCAGCAGGACAGGUUCCGCAUCUGGUUUGAGGUUGAGGUUCCUCCAUUUGGCCUCGCCGUGUACACCGUCAAGACUGCCCCUGAAAUGCUCGAUAUUUUCGAUCCUCCAAAACACGAAUUCUCCCGUGUGGACGUGCGGAACUUCAAUCCGCCCGCAAAGUCGAUUGCCGGGAUUGAGGUUGCAGCACUGUCUGGCAAGAUUGUUCUUGAGGGUGCCCACGUCACAGCAACCGCUGACGAGUCUGGGCUGCUGCAGUCUCUGUAUCAGCAGACAACCGGCCUCACCUCCACCAAGAUGGAGUUUCUCACAUACACAUCCCGCAGCGGCUCAGACAGGAGCGGGGCGUACCUGUUCAUGCCCGCCGGCCCCGCAGCGCAGCUCCACCACCCGAAUCCGACAGUCGCCGUAACCCGCGGGCCCAUCGUCGAGGAACUCGUGGUAUCGCUGCCGAAUGUGGUGCAGACGAUCCGCGUGUUCAAGUCCGAUGCGCCGUACGCUGCCGCCGUCGACAUCUCGAAUCGCGUCGACGUGCGAUCGCUCAGCAAUCAGGAACUCGUCAUGCGCAUUGUGACUGAUGUCCAAAGCUCUGAUUUCUACACGGAUCUUAACGGCUUCCAGCUGCGUCAUCGCAAGUUCCUGGACAAACUCCCGCUCAACGCCAACUUCUAUCCAAUGCCAUCGCAGCUGCUCCUGCAGGACGACAGCAAGCGCAUUUCCCUCAACACGCGAUCCAGCCUCGCGUGCGCAUCCUUGCACCAGGGGUGGAUGGAGGUGAUUCUGGAUCGGCGGCUGAUGCAAGACGACAAGCGCGGGCUCGGACAGGGCGUUCGCGACAACAAGAAGACAGAUCUCAACUUCAAACUGCUGUUGGAAGGGCGGCGUGCCGGUGCCGCGCGUGCGAAUGUGGAGACGCCAACACUCCUCAACUAUCACACGCAGGAUGCAUUGAACCACCCCAUGAACCUCUUCCAUAUUCAAGGGAGCGCGCCGGAGGUGGCGUCGUCCUAUCUUCCCUUUGCGAAGAGCUUGCCGUGCGACGUGCACGUGAUGAACAUGCGGUCGUGGGCUGCGAGCAGCGGCGAAGUUGCACUGCUGCUGCACCGUCGCGCUUUCUCCUGCGCAUAUGAACAGCCGCAAACAGCAGCCUGCCAGACGGGCGGAGAGGUUGUGUUGCAAGAUGUAUUCGCGAAACACAAGAUUGCGUCGGUGGAGGAGCGCUCGCUUGCGUUUAGUCAGUCACGCAGCCCCCAGACCACUGAUACGAAGGUGCUGCUUGUUCCGCACGAGAUUCACGCGUUCAAGCUGAAGCUCUCACGAAAAGCAUAGGCAACCCAGCAAUCCAGUUGGUUGUGUCACAUCAUUUCACACCACAUCACACUCUGAUUCUCUGAAGGCACGUUUGUCUCACGUCAAAGGCAAGCCGUUUAUUUGGGCAUGUGCUCACAAAGCAGCUGUUGAUGGGUGCCAGGUGAUUCAAUUACAUUACACAGAAGCAAA